CGCCUGAUUAGGGCUCUCUAUGAUGCUCCUGCCUUGAACUUUGGAAAAACAACUGAUUUGCCUGAGCUAGGAGGCGGGGAUAUAGGGACGGACCCGUUGCAUGCUGGGAGGCCAAAAGCUUUGAUCGUAUGGUGCCAAUCUGCUGUCGCUACCUCAUAUCCCAAUGUUAUUCUGUGGAUCCUGUGGACUUAGGAGAAAUAGCAUUAUGAACGGAAAGUCUACCAUAAUGAAUAUUUCAUAUAGAAGUAUUGAAAUUACAGGCGUAACACCGUAGAACAUAAAAGAAGAUGGACAAGAAUAAAAAUUUGAAAACAGAAAGUAUACUAAAUAUCACCCUGGAGAUAAUCUACCUGCUGACUGGGGAGGAUUACACAGUAGUGAGGAAGACAUCCAGUGAGUGUGAGACAUCCAGCAUACAUCCCAAUGUGUCGGGAGGACUGAGCACGAGCCAGAGCCCCAUCCUGGUGCCUCCACCUCUCUCACUGACACAUGAGGGGCACAGUGACCAGAAGAUCCUGGAACUCACCAACAAGAUCAUUCAGCUGCUGACUGGAGAGGAGGGGGAGUAUAUAGAGGAACACAGGGGUCUGUACAAGGACGUGAUGAUGGAGAAUCUCCGGCCCCUCACAUCACUGGAUGGGCCCAGUAACAGAGAUACCCCAGAGAGAUGUCCCCGUCCUCUGUAUUCCCAGGACUGUACAGAGGAGAAUCACAGGAUUCCACAGGAGGAUCAGAGUGAAGAACUAACUGAUAUAAAAACAGAAGAUAUAAAGAAAGAAGCCAAGAUGCUUGUGACUUAUAAUAAGGCAGAAGAUACAGAGGGAGAAGAAGAGACAUCUAUAAGGAGUGUUCAGUGUAAUGUGGAGGAAAUUCCUACAGAUAUCAGCAAAGAUGGAUGCAAUACAAGGAAUACCUCUGAGGGACAUCUUGUUUGGUCUCCAGAUUGUAAAUUAGAAGAUAAGAACAUCACACGAGGAUCUCCAGAAGAAAACUGCAUUAAACUAAAUAUACAUCCAGCACUUCACAGUGCAGAUAUAUCAUCUGAUCCAUCUAUUAUUGAAGAAUGUUCUCCUGGUAACUCACAUACUACUGCACCUAGUACAGGUCAUUGCGGUGAUACAAUAAUUUCCUCUUCUAAAAUUGGGAAAUGUUUUACACAUAAACAAGCUCUUGUUAAACAUGUGAGCAGUCACGUAAGUAAGAAGCCUUUUCCAUGUUCUGAGUGUGGGAAAUGUUUUACACAGAAAUCAUAUCUUCGCAGACAUCUGAUGCGUCACAUGCGUGAGAAACCAUUUCCAUGUUCUGAGUGUGAGAAAUCUUUUAUAAUGAGAUCACGUCUUGUUAUACAUGAGAGAAGUCACACAGGUGAGAAACCAUUUCCAUGUUCUGAGUGUGAGAAAUCUUUUAUAAUGAGAUCACGUCUUGUUAUACAUGAGAGAAGUCACACAUGUGAGAAACCAUUUCCAUGCUCUGAAUGUGGGAAAUGUUUUCCAUGUAAAAGUUAUCUUACUAUACAUGAAAGAAGUCACACAGGUGAGAAACAAUUUCCAUGCUCUGAAUGUGGGAAAUGUUUUCCAUGUAAAAAAGAUCUUACUAUACAUGAAAGAAGUCACACAGGUGAGAGGCCAUUUCCAUGCUCUGAGUGUGGAAAAUGUUUUACUCAGAAAAUACAUCUUGUUAUACAUCAGAGAAUUCACACAGGUGAGAAACCUUUUCUAUGUUCUGAGUGUGGGAAAUGUUUUACAAACAAAUCAAAUCUUAUUAAGCAUAACCUAAGUCACACAGGUGAGAAGCCAUUUCCAUGUUCUGAGUGUGGAAAGUGUUUUAUACAAAAAUCAGAACUUGUUGCACAUGAGAGAAGUCACACAGGUGAGAAGCCAUUUAGAUGCUCUGAGUGUGGGAAAUGUUUUACACAGAAAGCAAAUCUUCUUAAACAUCAGAGAACUCACACAGGUGAGAAACCAUUUCCAUGUUCUGAGUGUGGGAAAUCUUUUGUAGAGAAAUCAAAUCUUGUAAAACAUCAGAGAUGUCACACAGGUGAGAAACCAUUUCCAUGCUCUGAGUGUGGGAAAUCUUUUGUGCAGAAAUCAUUGCUUGUUAUACAUGAGAGAAGCCACACAGGUGAGAAACCAUUUAGUUGCUCUGAGUGUGGGAAAUGUUUUAAAGCUCAGUCUUCUCUCUUUGCACACAAAAAAGUUCACACAGAUGAGAAGCCAUUUCCAUGCUCAGAGUGUGGGAAAUGUUUGAAAACGAAAUAUUCUCUUUUUACACACAUGAAAAUACACACAGGUGAGAAGUAUCACUGACCUGAAUUGAGAGUGUUGUGAACUCGGGGAUUCUUCCGAUGGUCGGGAAGAGGAACCACAGCUGGGCCGGAGUAGAGAUAGCCGGAUAUAGGUUUUCCUCAUGCAGAACUUUUAACAGUUAUAAUUGAUGUCAAAUGCAAAGAACUUUAUGAUGAGAAGGGUCGGGCACGAUGCUGAGGCACAUAGAAGAAUGGGAACUUGUGAGCAAUGUUUAAAGACACUGAAGAAAUGAAGGACUUGUGAGCGAUGUUUAAAGACACUGAUGAACUCGUGAGCGAUGUUUAAAGACACUGAAGAAAUGAAGAACUUGUGAGCGAUGUUUAAAGACACUGAUGAACUCGUGAGCGAUGUUUAAAAACACUGAAGAAAUGAAGACCUUGGGAGCGAUGUUUAAAGACACUGAAGAAAUGAAGACCUUGGGAGCGAUGUUUAAAGACACUGAUGAACUCGUGAGCGAUGUUUAAAGACACUGAAGAAAUUAAGGACUUGUGAGCGAUGUUUAAAGACACUGAUGAACUCGUGAGCGAUGUUUAAAGACACUGAAGAAAUGAAGAAAUUGUGAGCGAUGUUUAAAGACACUGAUGAACUCGUGAGCGAUGUUUGAAGACACUGAAGAAAUGAAGAACUUGUGAGCGAUGUUUAAAGACACUGAUGAACUCGUGAGCGAUGUUUAAAGACACUGAAGAAAUGAAGACCUUGGGAGCGAUGUUUAAAGACACUGGAGAAAUGAAGAACUUGUGAGCGAUGUUUAAAGACACUGGAGAAAUGAAGAACUCGUGAGCGAUGUUUAAAGACACUGAAGAAAUUAAGAACUUGUGAGCGAUUUUUAAAGACACUGAAGAAAUGAAGAACUUGUGAGCGAUGUUUAAAGACACUGGAUAAAUGAAGAACUUGUGAGCAAUGUUUAAAGACACUGAAGAAAUGAAUUUGCAGGCAGACACCUAGAAUGCAGGGAGCACUGGUGUUCGCCACAGUGGAGAGACGAUACUCAGGCGCCGGACACAGACGAGCAUACGCUUUUGAAGUUCCCGCUUUGCCCUGAUUGGCGGAGAGGGGAGCAAGUGAAGUCACCCGCUCACAACACCUAUGUGGGCACCAGGUGCAAUGGCGGCACCCUUGCUCCGGAGGAUCGCCGGGAGCAGCGCCGGCCAGACGCCGGGGCCCGGAACCCACCGGAGGCCAGAGCCGCCAGGAGAGCCAGCGAACACGCAGGGAUAAGCGCGGCGGCCGUGAUCCCCGAUGUGUGACAAGAAGUAGCCAUUCAUGUUCUCUGAUUGUGGGAAAUGGUUUACACAGAAAUCAGCUUGUGUUACACAUGAGAGAAGUCACACAGGUGAGAGGCCAUUUCCAUGAUCUGUGUGUGUGGAAAUGUUUUACAUAGACAUCAGAGUCGUCACACACAGGAGAGAAGUCAUUUCUGUUUUCUGAGUAGGUAUAAAUAUAGGGGGUGGGAUAUAAUGGAGUCCAGGAUUGCCAGAUGUGCGGUAUGCCUGGCUUAUCUCUGAUGCUUUUUAAAGGGGUAAUAAACUCAUUUGCAUAUUAGUAUAAGGGGAGGCAGCCAUCUUGGGUAUGCGCAGUUGCUAUUACAGGUAAUCAGUCAUAUCGAUCCAUGCCCCUUUGGAGCUUACAAUCUAAAUUCCAUAUCACACACCGGGUUCCAAUUUUUCUCAGGUUCCUCUUAAUCUACCAGUCUGGUGUUGAACUUAGUGGUAUGAAACCGUAGUAUCCAUUGGCAACCCAUGCAAACAUGGCAAGAACGUACAAACUCCACACUAAUAGGGCCUUGGUGGGAAUCCUACCUGAGCAAUUCUAAUCACUAUGCCGCCAUACAUAGUAAGAGUAGUCUAUAUAAGUGAUGGGAAAGUAUAACCAAAUGUGCAGAGUGUAUUUAAAAACAAAAAACAAAACAAACAAUAUGUUUUUAUUGAGUUUUUGAUGAGCAAUAACAUUUACCGCACAAUAAACAACAAGCUGAACAAUUUGUGUGGCCUCUUUCACUUUAGCAAUUUGUUAUACAAGCAGCGUAUGACGUGGUUGUAGACAGUUAUCCGUUUGGAAAUUGGUCCCAGAUAUCCCUCCCAUUGUAACU